CAGAUAAUCUAACAGGAAAUAAACCAGAGACUGUCUCUGUGUACUUUGGUUCACUCUGGCUGAGCUUCCUCCUCCUGCUCAUCUGCAGAGUUUGACGUUGCUCUCACAUGAUUCAGCUGAAGACGAGGUGGAGCAGUGACCUGUGAACUGCUGAGCCGACUGUGGGGGGAGCCGACCGACAACAUGUCACCUACCCGAGUGGCAAUUACUGCUGAGGUCACCUGAUCUGAAGGGCUCAGAGGCUACAAAGAAGAAUAAUGGAUGAGACCUGUCACUAACACUUGAUGAGGAUUUUUAUUGACUCUUCAGGCUGAAUCAUGGAGGGUAACGAUGAUGUGACCGUGACACAGCCGCAGACUGAUGUGUGCAGCACUGAGGUGGGAGGAGGAGAUGUCACCAGCAAAGUGGAAGAUGGAGCAAAUCCACUCGUUGCUGCCGAUUCCUGCGACGGCGCCACGACCGGACUGAGCAAAAGAGCUAACCUGACAGAGACUCCUGCACCGUCAGUGUUGAGUCCCACCGCUGAAUCUCCAGGAGGCGUAGCGCUUAAAGUAGCUACGACCGUGCUCCACCCGGUGUGUCUGGGGGAGAGUCCGCUGAUGCUGCCCAUCCACCUCCAAAUGGCCGGAGCUGCCGGGCCUCAGCUCGGCCAAAUGGGGGCAGCACCGUACUUGAUAACGAGCCAAAGCCCAGUGUCACUCCCUCUGGUUUUAGACCAGCAGGUCCUCCAGCAUAUGAGCCCCUCCGUUCUUCCUCAGAGCACUAACUGCACACAGUUGCCGCUCCAGAACAAUGUCUUGUGUCAGAACCCUUUGACGUUUGGUUUACCUCCAGCUGCUGACCAGAAGGCGGCAGGACAGACGCAGGAAGCUAACCUGCUCUCUCUUCUCCAGAACCCAGCUUUUGCAGCCAUCUUGCAGGACCUUUUCCCCUCCCAGGCAGGUUCUUCUACCUGUCAGUCACCAGGUUCUGCCUUUUUCCCCCUUCCUCCCCUCACGCCUCCCUACAGCUCCCCUCUGGCCCCUCUGGUUCCUCCUGCCACCCUUCUAGUGCCCUACCCGGUCAUCAUCCCCCUGCCAGUGCCUCUACCGGUUCCACUUCCCAUCCCCAUCCCUGUCCCUCAGACUGAGGACACCAAGGGAAACAUGCCAAAACCAGUUUGCACUGUGAGUAAAAGCACUCAGACGUCGCCAAAAGAUACUACCUCUCCCUCGCUGUCUUCAAGGAAAUGCAUGCCGCCAUUCCGGCCACAAAAUGUGUCCUUGUCCUCGAUUCCUCCAGAGGAAGGACAGGCUCUGGACCUUUCUGUCAGGGCUUGUCCAGUUGAACCAAAACAGGAAUAUCCCAGUCCGCAGCAGGACAGCGUGCUCGACCUAUCAGUGCCUGGUGUGAGGAAAAAGUGUGUUCAGUCCGACAGAGAAGCAGCUUUACCGUCCAGUCAAGAUCCAGGCGGCACUGCUCUGUCUCUGGGUGUUGAAUGCACUCAGAGUUUAGAUUCCAAACUCCUGGGCAGCCUGGCUUCACUGGAGUUCAGCCGGCAGCACAAGUGGCUGGUUGACAGUAGUGCUGCCGGGUCGAGCUCUCUGGGUCAAGAGGCGUCUCUGAGCGGAGCUGGAAACCUGGAGAUAGUCAGCGCCUCGCAGACGGCCAAGGUCAUUGUCUCGGUGAAAGACGCGAUCCCGGCCAUCUUCUGCGGGAAGAUUAAAGGCCUGUCAGGAGUCUCCACCAAGAACUUCUCCAUCAAACGGGACGGCAGCCAGGGGGCGUCUCUGCAGCAGCUCUACGGAGUGCCGUCGGCGUCGCACGGGGAACAGCACGACCCCAACGACCCGCUGAAGAAGGUCUCUAAAAGCAGAGCAAUCAAACUGAAGAAAGUCAGCUCACAGGAGAUCCACUUCCUUCCCAUUAAGAAGCAGAGACUUGCGGCGCUGCUGCCCAGGAAGUGAGAGCGCUGACUGGAGGGGGAUUAAUCGCUGAACCGCUCUCUGCUAAUCCUUCCAGAACGAAUAACAUAAAACACAUGUGGGGAUGUUCUGUAAUCAAAGUCCAGUCCAAGCUCCAGAAGUAAGACUCUUGAAUGUGUGACAGUGUGACCCAGUAGUUACAGAAACGCUUUCCGUUAGAUUUUUCUAAAUUGCUGUGUGUAUUUGGGGUUUUAUUUGUAAUGCACUAGCCUACAGUGUUAUGGAAGACCAGAAACGUUACUGUGUUUGGCAGCUCACUGGGCUCUCUGUGUGUCUUUGGAGAUAAAUCAGAGAUGCUAAAGAACAUGUUUGACUUGCAAAGACACAUGGGUUCCAUUCUUCCAUUUUGGUUCAUGGUUUGUUUCCAUGUGUAAUUUUUAUAUAAGUGCACUGACGAGCUGAAAAAAGAAAAGGACAAAAAAAGAAAGAGGCAGGACGCGACUGUUUAAAUACAUCCCAUCAUUGGAAACUCACGCAGGGCUUUGCUGGAGCAACUCGCUCUUCUUUGAUUGGUUGGGGUUUAGCAUGACAGGCUAAUAAUGACUUGGAAAGGCCGGAGCCACAUUUCCAUUAAAUGAAUGUUGGCAAAAAAAACCAUCAGUUGCAACAAAAUGCAAUCUUAUUUUGUUUAACAGCAGGGGGAAAAAAGGGACUUCUUAAUUGUUUUCACAUUUAAAGACAUCUUUCCUGUAGGCCAAUCUGAAUAUAAAGAAAGUGUUGCUACAGAAGAGUUAUUUUUGCUGCUGGCUGAGUUAGCUGAAGCUUGCAGCAACAUUAUAAAACACUGUAACUCCCUGCUGUUUUUAUGGAAAGACUUAAGUGACUCUAGUCAGAAGCUUAGAUAUUGAUCUCAAUUUUAAUCGGCUGAGAUGAAAUUGAAGAAGAAAACAUUUUAAUGGCUUCAGUGAGACAAAAUACUGUUUGUGUAUUUGUGUGUGUGAUUAGUCUGUUAUUAGAAUCAGUAUUGAUCAGGCUCUGACCCCCCUUUUUGAUCAGAUAUGUCUGUGUAAAACAUUCGUUCCAAGUGGUUUGGUGUCAUUUUUCCCGUUUUGCAGAGCAUGGUAUUUUUCUGUCCUUUGCUUGUGACCAGAGUUGUGAAUGUGGAGCAUAUUGUUGAGUGUGUACGUGUGUGUGUGUGUGUGUGUGUGUGUGUGUGUGUGUGUGUGUGUGUGUGUGUGUGUGUGUGUGUGUGUGUGUGUGUGUGUGUGUGUGUGUGUGUGUGUUUAUUUAUCCUAUUGAGUGCACUUUGUCAUAGUUUAGUUUUGAGAAGUUACAGGGUGUCUGAAUCUAUUCUGGUGAAACUGCAUUGCCCCACUUUAAGCAGUUAUGUAAAUCUGUGAAUUACAGGCCAAGAACUAAUAACAGCCAUAUGCAGACUGUCUUGAUGAACUGAGAUGGAAAAUGUGUAGAAGCUUUUUUUUUGUACCACUUCUUUAUUUAUGUCUGUGUAUUUUAGCUGAACAUCUUCCUCUUAACUUGUGCCUGCAGUCCUUUCAGCAGAGAGCUCUUUGGCUUAGUAGUUGGAACUGAUCACUUUAGUUGUACAGGAUCUCACCCUAAUUUAUUAUUUGUACAACUCUUAUUUAUACAGUGUGUUUGUAUACUGAUUGAUCAGUUGGGAGACAAAAGCUCAGCUUCCUUUGCAACGGUCAGUCUGCUGAAGCACUUUUUUGCUUUCAGCAGCAGUUUUGAUCAGUUGAAAUGUGCUGGCAGUUAAAUGUUUGCUUACUGUACAGUAUGUGUGCUUUUUAUAUGGAAGUGAACUAAAAAUCUCUGAGGUCUAAA